AAUGGAAACCGAGGCUGGCAACUCUUAGCCUUCUUAAAUAAAAAAUAAAGCUGUGAAAAUUGUUGAAAAUAUACAAAAUUUUCCUCGUUUUUGUUAAAAAUGCACUCUCCUCAUAGAUCAAAUGAUGUGCGCAAUUCACUUAGAGAUCGGGUACAACAUUCUUGUUCGCGUGAAAAAGAAAGACAAUUGAAAAUUAAGCCAAGGCGGUCAAGAAGCGUAUCAAAACCCUAUUCUGGACAUAGUAAAAGGAGUCGGAGCAGAAGCGUAAGGAAAUCAAGGUCUAGGUCAGCACAUCGAAAUCAUCAUAGUGUCAGCCCUGAAAGAUGUCAACGAAGUCCUCGAAAAGAAAAUGGUAAUAGAAAUAGUUCUCGUCAUCGAAGCUCCGACCGCCAAGAAAGGCGAUGGCCGCACGACAAGUAUCGAGAAAAUUCAACAAAUCCUUUCCGAGGAGCAUCAGAUAAUUUUACGCCCAGUGAGGGCAAGCCUUUUGGUUAUAGAUUUAGAAGCGGUUCAGUUCGGAACAGUAAGAAUGACAACGAAAAAUUUUUAAGAAAUAGGCGAGAAGAGCGCGAGAUUAUAGGCGCUGAAGGCUUCGAAGACGUUUGGAACAAAAGUCCGAUUCAUCCCGAGAUCUACAGCGAUGAUGACGGGGAUGAAGUAAAAUUGCUAAAACAUACAUAUCAAGGGCCUAAGAAAAAGAAAUCUAAAAAGUCCAGCAAGAAAGCUAGUAAAAAGAAGAAGCACAAAAAACUCAAAAAGACGAAGAAGCAAAAAGACGCCUCUUCAUCGCAAGAUUCUUCAAAUGACUCAUCUUCUGAAACGUCAUCGUUUGAAAGCUCUUCAGAAGACUCGGACAGCGAAACAGGGAAUUCGGAUGAAGAAUGGGUAGAAAAAACCUUGGUUUCCUCAAAGAAAGUUAAGAAAAUAAAAAAACUUAAGAAACUUAAAAGACAUAAGAAAGCUAAGAAACAUAAAGAUAGCAAUCGCAAAAAAAACAUAAGUUUAUCGGGGCCUAGUUGUUCGAAGGCAAUCCAGAACAUUGCUUUCAAUGAAGAAGAAUUUGGUCCCACUUUGCGUCAUACAAGUGGAUUGAAUCAGAAGGAUUUCGGUCGCGCACUGUUACCUGGAGAAGGUGCUGCGAUGGCCGCCUACAUAGCUGAAGGCAAACGUAUACCACGACGCGGUGAAAUCGGAUUAACGUCGGAGGAAAUAGCAAAUUUUGAAGCCGUUGGCUAUGUUAUGAGCGGCAGCAGACAUCGUCGCAUGGAAGCUGUGCGUAUACGAAAGGAAAAUCAAAUCUAUUCUGCAGAUGAAAAACGCGCUUUGGCUAUGUUUAGCAAAGAGGAACGUCAGAAGCGAGAAAAUAAAAUAUUAUCACAAUUCAAGGAAAUGAUAAAUUCAAAACUUAACGCUAAGGAAAAGAAAUGAAACCGAGAAUUGAGUUUAAUAUUUAAAAAUGAACCAUUUCCAAACGGUCUCAUAACUAUUAAAAGGAGUGGUGAGGUAUAUGUGCAAGCUGAUAUUGUGUAUCUGCUUACAAAAAGAAAGCAAAAAACCUCUUUAUUUUGGGAGGAAUAUAUAUUAUUUACACUAAACCUUUUCUGAAUUGUAUGUGCGUGGCUAUGGAUUAGCUGUAUUUCCACGCAGAAAGCCUACAUAGAUUUUAUGACAGUUUAUAAAAAGGCUUUAGCAACAAUUCAUUUAGAAACGUUUUUAUUAAUUUGAAAUUACGUAACGGUAUUAUUUUUAAGAGAAAAUUGUAUUUGACCUUUGACACAUUUGGAGUUAAUGUAUGUAAAGAAUGGGCAGCAUUUUAUUAGAUGUGGCCAUACCAGUUUUUGAUGACGGGAGUUAAUCUGCUAACGACAAACAUCUAAAUAUCCAUGCAAACUUACGGCAAUUGACAAUAAGUAAAGUGGAGUAGUACCGUGAUUGCAGAACGAAAUCAUCGUAUAUAAUUCAAAUCUCAUUUCUAAAAGCUUAACUGUAUUUUGUGACUAAUGACACUAAAGAAUAUAUGAAAUAAUUUGCUAUCCUGGGUGGAAAAUUUUGCUCAAUUUCCCUCAUCAA